AUACUAUAUACUGUUGUCUCUAUUAUAUUUACAAGCUAUUGUGAAUGGACAUCCAGACAGCUGAACAACCAGGCAGGAAUGUCAAUACUAUAUACUGUUGUCUCUAUUAUAUUUACAAGCUAUUGUGAAUGGACGUCCAGACAGCUAAACAACCAGACAGGAAUGUCAAUACUAUAUACUGUUGUCUCUAUUAUAUUUACAAACUAUUGUGAAUGGACGUCCAGACCACUAAACAACCAGACAGGAAUGUCAAUACUAUAUACUGUUGUCUCUAUUAUAUUUACAAGCUAUUGUGAAUGGACGUCCAGACAGCUGAACAACCAGGCAGGAAUGUCAAUACUAUAUACUGUUGUCUCUAUCAUAUUUACAAGGUAUUGUGAAUGGACAUCCAGACAGCUAAACAACCAGGCAGGAAUGUCAAUACUAUAUACUGUUGUCUCUAUUAUAUUUACAAGCUAUUGU